AUGAAGUUCUCAAGCAUUUCCACCGUGAGUAGUCUUUUGACUCUUGCUUCUGCUCAGCUUUAUACCGAAACCAUCCCAGUUGUGUGUUCUGGCGCUCCCCCUUCCACUGUCACCCAGACAGUCACAAUCACAGAAAGAGCUUCUGGACCAUAUUGCCCUACCACCACUGCAGGCUACCUCAUUACAUCAAACUAUGUUACCACAGCAGAUGGCACGGUAACCUCAGUCAAUUAUGAUGGCGAGAGCAAGUCAACGAUCUGGGUCUACCCAACCGGUACCGGGAACGAAAAGCAUUGUACCGUCGCUACCUAUGAGAACGACAUUGUAAUCGACGUGAACAUUGUUGACAUCACGAUCAUCAUCAUUGAUGGUUUUCACGUGACAAAUACUGUUACUGUAACCGAUAACAUCACAUAUACUCCGACUCCUCCCAUCCAAACUACAACUACCUCACCUCACAGCACUGAAACCGAUAACUCGUAUGGCGAAAUCCAUCAUGUGACUGUAGGCGAUAAAGGUCUUAAUGUUUACUCUCCAAACCAAAUCAACGCCAAAGUGGGUGAUAUCAUUCGAUUCAAAUUCCUCGCCAGAAACCACACCGUCACCCAAUCCAACUUCAACACCCCCUGCAAUUUCAACGGCGGUUUUGAUACCAGCUUCAACCAAUUUAACCCCACCAACGCUACCAAUAUCACCCGCGAUUUCAUCGUCAAUACAAACAAGCCAAUUUGGUUCCACUGUGCUCAAGCAAACCCAAAGUCACAUUGCCAAGCUGGCAUGGUCCUUGGUAUCAAUCCCGCUGGUAAAUUCGAUGCUUUCUUAGAAAAAGCAAAGAACAGCGGUAACUCCACAGUCAUUCCUUCUGGAACUGGAUAUGUCACCGGCGUUCCGGCUCCUACUGAUACUUACAUCACCAAGACUGGACCUUGGAUCACAGGUGUUCCAGCACCUUCUGGGUAUUCUUCCAAAACCUCUGGGGAGGCGACAUAUACGCCUUUAUACAAGUAUCCUUCUAUUAAAAGGAGGUCUUUCUAG